AUGAUUAACUCUGUCGUGCUUGGCUCUUUUUAUGGUAGCAGACUUGAAUCCGAAAAGCUGCCAGCACCAGAUCUAGAAUCUAACUCCAAUAUAGUAGCAGUUCUCAAAUCGAUCUUGGUGACAAUAUCAGCAGGUGCCAAAGAAGCUUCAGCGGCACGGACAGGCCGUUCGCAAAUAAAUUCAAAUGCAAUACCAUCGGUACGAAUAGCGCCAAUGGAUCUUUUGUCUGAUGACGCUUUUAUACCAAGGCCAUUUAUUGAGCGAAAACCAUUACGACCCCAUGCUAAAGAGGUUCCAACAUAG